AUGGAUGAUAAUCCUUGUAAAAUAGAUUAACUUAAAGAAGUGAUAUUUAAAUAUAAUCAGAUGGAAGUAGAACUCAAAACUUAAAUUCCUGAUAUUGUAGAAGUUUCAAUAUUUUAAGUUUAAUGAAAAGAAAUAAAAAAGUAUCUAUGUGAAAAUUAAUCAAUAAUCAGCAAAUUAUUCAUUGAUAUGAUAGCAACAAGAGCAAGAAAGAAAGAAGAUUAUGCAAAGACAAUUAGAGAAUAUAGAGUAAAUUAAAGAGAAUCCUAAUAUUGAGAAAUUUAAGAUAUCAAAGAAUUUAUUAAAAAAAAAUUUCCUAAUGUAGUUGACAAAUUAAAAGUGUAAACUUAGAAAUGCUUGA